GAGAUGGGAAGGGCUGUGGGCUGGGGACACCACGCUGGCUCAACUCUGUCGGUGGCCUUGGGGAGGACAGAAGCACCUGCCCGUCCAUCCCUGUCCUAAAGUUCAGGGCUCUGGAAGGGAGUGGGAGGCUCCGGAGGCCAAAGCGGUGGUUAGUGCUGGCCACCAGACUGGAGGCCGAGGAGAGCUUAUUGGCCAGAGACUUGGGGACUGCAACAGCUUUGUGCGUGCGGAGCCCGGGAAGGGAAAGCGAGCAGGGCCGCUCGUGCCUCCGGUCAUUCCUCCGACCCGCCAUGUAGGUCGCAGUGGCCUCAGUGACAGGGGCCACCGGGCCGCCUGGAUGACAUCAGCAGGGACUGGGCUGAAAGAAGGGCUCAGGCCCAUUGCUCCUGGGAUGGUUCACAGACACGAGCAAAGGCUGCAAGAGGGCGGUGUUCGCUCGGCACACGUGGGCCCAGGUGACCUUCCCUAGAGCAAAUGUCCCCAGGAGGGAGGACUUGUGGUGGGCUGACAGGUGAGAAGAAGCCAGUGUGGCUGGACUGUGGUGCUGGCCAAAGGGGCAGGGUGGCUGGGCCUGCGGGUGGUGAGGCUCUGAGACAAUGUGGCUCCCAGCCAGCCAGGGCCCUUGCAAGCACUGUGUGAAGGCCAGAGCAGAGCCGGAGCAUGCCAAGCAGCUGGGAAACUGUCCUGGUGCUGGGGGUCAGAGCCUUGAAGGGCCAUGAGGGGCCUUGGCCCUUGACGGAGGCCGCCACCACAGACGUCAGUGAAACUGCGUUUGACGAGAAAGGAUCUGAUGAUUCGGCCUUUUGACGCCGUAGUCAUCCCGCCAACAGGCUCUAUGCCCUCUGCUGACUUGGCCUGGCUGUCCCCGUCAGAGACCCCUGGCCGCACAGUGGGGGCAAGGGCUUCUACCAUUGCCAGCAGCCUGGUGCCCUGCACUCCUGCGGGCACAGUGCAUGAGCACGUGAACGUCAGGCCACUUGUCCAGGUGCAUGCGUGAGGUGGCCCGCGAGCGAACAGGGCGCGCCCCCUCGCCCCCACCCCCAGCCCAGCAUGGCCUUCCAGGAGGAGAAUUUCCCCCGGCUGGAGUGGGGUGGGGGCACGGCGCCAAGGCAGAGCAAGCUCCCGCACUUUCUUCUCCCCCUUCGCAGCCCCGGGACUUCCUGCAUGAUGUCAGCCGCCAGCCCCCAGCCCCCCCUCGAGGACCCUGUCUGGGAUCUCCAUCUGUAAAAUGGAUCUAGGAACGGUGGUGCGCGCCGGCCUGCACCCACCGCAUCUGUGCAAGCCAUCGGCCGUGAGCGAGUGGGGGCGCAGCCGGGCCCUUCACGUGGCGGCCGGCUGGGCCUGGAGGCUGUCCACGGCGGCAGCGCUGGGCGCGGGGAACCCGGCCUUGAUUUCUCCAGCAGCAGCGCGGGGCGGGGCGAGAAGGGGCGGUCGGGCCGGGGCCACUGGCGGGAGAAUGCGAGGAAUGUGCCAGGCGCAUCUACCUACCCCAGGAGAGGGCAGGGGAAGGGGCCGGCCGAGGGGAGGGGCGAGGGGCGAGGCUCCGGGCGCCCGAGAAAACCUGUUUGUUCUCCUGCAGCGAGAGCCCAGUCCGCGCCUCCUGCCGCCCCGCGCACCCCGCCGCUCCCCGCACCCGUGCCCGCCCGCGCUGCCCACCCGAGGGAGCCGCGCCCGCCCGUGCCGCGAGCCGGCCACCUGUGCCAGGCGGGCCGGUCCCCCUGUGCCCCCGGCUCUGGUUGCAAGACAGAGACGCCUUGAUUGUACUGAAGCAUCUGGGACCCAGGCUCUGAGAGUCGCCUGCCUUCCCAGCAGCCCCUCUCCGUGUGUCCAUUAUAUAGGAGCCUACUGAGCCAAGUGUGCCCGGAGCCCAGCGGCAAAACGAGCCAUGAGCAUUUCCGCCCUUGGAGGAGGCAGCCCCAAAGGGAAGCCUCUGCUUCCUGGAGAGGAGGAGCGCAACAACGUCCUGAAGCAGAUGAAGGUGCGGACCACACUCAAGGGGGACAAGAGCUGGAUCACCAAGCAGGACGAGUCCGACGGCCGCACCCUAGAGCUGCCUUCUCGCCGGAGUCGGACCACGUCUUUUUCGUCAGCGGGGGAGGUCAUGAAGGCCAGGUCCCCGAGCACCAAGGCUCCCGCCGGCUAUAUCAUUCGAGGAGUGUUCACUAAGCCCAUAGACAGCUCGACCCAGCCCCAGACUCACUUUCCGAAGAUCAAUGGAACGCCCAAGAGUAGCACCGGGUCCCCACGCCUGUCUUCUUCUGGCUACAAGAUGACCACGGAGGAUUACAAGAAGCUGGCACCCUACAACAUCAGGCGCAGCUCCACAUCGGGGGACGCUGAGGAGGAGGAGGUGCCUUUCUCCCUUGAUGAGCAGAAACGCAGGUCGGACGCUGCCAGCAGCGUGCUGAGGAAGACCGCACCCCGGGAGCAUUCCUAUGUUCUGUCAGCAGCCAAGAAGAGCAGCGGCUCUACUCCGGAGACGCAGGCCCCGUUUAUCGCCAAGAGAGUUGAGGUGGUGGAUGAGGACGGGUCUUCCGAGAAGAGACGGGAGCUACCUUCACCUACAAGCUCCACUCCGGGCUCAAGCAGUGUGGAUGGAGCCAGAGCCAGGGUGUCGCGGGCGAUUUGGAUUGAACGCCCGCCCAGCCUGCCGGGUCUGGCCUGCCCCUCCGGGAGCCGGGAGCCCAGCAGUGCCAGAGGAGAGGAGAUUGUCCGUCUGCAAAUAACCACCCAGGAAGGAAUGAGACCAUCCCUGGUCCCCCUGAAGAAGCUGCCCCAGAGGGAACUGGCCAGUGAGGACUUCCAGAGUGUGAAAGCAGAGCCUGAGAGAGUGUGCUCAGCUGCUGGCUUCACCUCUCUCUUGGAUAACCAGGAUGCAUAUGGUGCCAACUCUCAGCUCCACAGGCCUGGGCCAAUGGCUACAAGUUCUGAUGCCACUGUGACUUCUGCCAUCCGUCCUUCUUCUGAUGGGAAGAGUGACUGUCCAGCUGAUCUGGAGGAAGUGGAGGCAAAGCAGAAGGGCGCCGCCUUGACUGGUUCUGAGGAGAAGAAGUUGCCCAUCAAAGUGGAAGAGGCAUGGAAGGAGACACCCAAACCCCCAAGAGAUGGCCAGGGAGAUUCAGAUGCACCCAGCCAGAAGCUUGUGGACCCCAGUACUGCAGAACAGCAGAGCGGAGGAGCUGAGAAGCUGGUGGAACAGGACAGCAAGGCCAGCAGUGCGUUGGUGCGUUCCGACACAAAGAUGGUCACCACAGUAGGGGAGACCUGGCAGGAGAGGCCUGGGAGCACCAGGGAUGACCGUCGCUGCACCAGCCAGCAGCCUGGCGACUCCAGCAUCGUGCAGGCACAGACCCAGAGCAGCACUGAAGUAUUUGAGCAGCUGGUGGAACUGGACAAUAGAGCCAGUGGGACAAAAGCCCCGUCAAGCUGCAUGGUGACUGUGACCGUGACUGCUGGAGCAGAGCAGCCUCACGCUUACACUCCAGGGUCCCCAAGUGAGCUGAAGUCCAGUUCAGCCAGCAAAGAGAUUCUGUUUGUGAAGGAGUACACGAAUGCCAGCGAGGUGUCUUCUAGGAAGCUGGGUGCAUCACUCUAUAGCAGUGGCGCCAAUAGCGAGGAUGCAUUCAGCAAGGAGAAGAAAGCUCCGUACAGUAGCGCUACAUACCCUGAGAGAACAACAGGAGGAAUAUGCACUUACUGCAGUCGGGAGAUCCGAGACUGCCCAAAGAUCACUCUAGAACAUCUUGGCAUCUGUUGCCAUGACUAUUGCUUUAAGUGUGGGAUUUGCAAUAAACCUAUGGGUGAGCUUCUGGAUCAGAUCUUCGUUCACCGGGAUACCAUCCACUGUGAGAAAUGCUAUGAGAAGCUCUUCUAGACGGAGAAGAUGCUGAAGACUCCCAGACAAGUUUGGCUGUCCCAGUUCCCCGUUUCUGAUUCCGCAUACCCCCUCCCAUUCAGUUUCUUCAUGCUUUUGUCCCGACCUUGAACUUGCUUAAACCCAGUAGCUAUGAAAAUUUACUUGUGUGUGGCUUUUCAAAGCUUAGAAAGUACUUCUUAUCCAUGAUCUUAUUUCAGGCUUGAGCAAAGCAGAUUGAGCAGGAAUCCCAGCAUGGCUUCCCUAGGACAGAUUGGCUUCCUGAUGUGAUAAGGUGGCCCGAGAUAUAAGGCAACGCCAGAAUGUAGGGCUCCUUGUGUCCUGCUUUGGGGGCAGAGAAAAUUCCCCCUUUUAACCCACAGCUCUGAGUGUCUUUGGUAUUGGAGAGCGGAAGGAUAAGCCCCUGAAGAUUCUCAGGGGCCAGCAUGGAGACUGUGGACAGUCCCUAGUUGGGAAAUUGCAGGCACUGAAUGCUAGGGAUUGCCAUAGGCUUCGUCUAGCUUAUCUAUUGGUCUUAUAUAUUUUCGAACCUUAAAUAGGCUUUUCAAGGUCAUUAGUUAAUUGAAUGAGUUAAGUUGCAGAUUUUCAUGAACAGACAUCUGAUUUACAACAUGUUUUCAUGAGUAAAUUUAUUAUUUACAGCAUGUUUUCAUGAGCAUAUUUCUGAUUUGCAGCAGAUUUUUAUUACCUCUUUCCUGCCUUUCACUCGAGUUGAUUUUUCCCCCUGCAGCAUGUAGGCCUGUAUUCGAAAGGUUAGGUUUACAUUCAAGAGGAUGUGAUUCUUUGGGAUGUCUUUGUCUAAAUUUUGAGAGUUGUUUAGUAUCUUGCCCUCAAAUCCUGAUCACUUUACUUGAUGCAGAAAUCCUCUCAAGUAAAUCUUGGAUGUAUCAACUCCAGCAGGAUUAAGAAGGGAGAAAAGCAGCUAACCUUUCUUGAGGCUUUAACUGCAUAUCAGGCAUUAACAUUGCAAAGUGAUGGCAUUAAUCCUCCUACUAAUCCUGUGCAGAGGGUACUUUUGUUUCCACUUCACAGAUAAGGAUAUUGGGUUCAGAGAGGAGGUCUGUUCAUUGUAUAGAACCAUUGCUCUUUCUCCCAAGCUCUCUUAUAACAGCAUCAGAAUAGCAAGCACCUGUUCUAUGCUGAGUGCCAGGCACUACCAGGUGGCAUCUCUUCACUAAGCCUCCCUGAGGGACGCUGUUUCAAAGAGAUGCUAGUGUUAAGUCCUGCCCCAGCCCCUGGGCAUCCUGGACACUCACCACAUGAAGUACUACAAAGACCAAGCACCACCUAAACCCUCUCUCCUCUCCUUCCAAUGCUGCAGAGCUCAGAGGUUCUCAUCUGUGAACAGGUUUGACUCAGAGACCUUCCCAAGAGGAGCUUCUCAGCCCAGGGAGAGCUCCAGUAGGUUAACUCAUCUACGCAUGAGGUUUUCUGAAAUUGGUUGCAAGUGCCAGCACCUCUGUUACUUGCAAGAUGGGACCUGUUGGACAUUGGACCAGCUGCAUGCCCACCCGUGCAGUUCACUGACUCUGCUUAAGCUCCCUGUAACUCCUCUCUCCUCUCUCAUCACCAUAUCUGCCCUGAUGGGGAAGGACCACUUGAGAGUUCUUAUGAUGAAAAAUGAGGACAGAAAGUAUCUGUCUUCUAUCCAGUUUUUGCUCUUCCUGUCAGAGAUCAGACAAGAUCUUUGUUUGCAUGUCAUAUGCCACGUGCCAAUACUAAAUAAGAGUUUAGCCCAAGCUUGAGACUUGACACAUGGUGAGCACUCAAGUGCUGAAUGAAUGUGUGAAAGGGAAAGAAAGGUGUCACCUCUGGGUGGGAGAUGCUUCUUGAACCACAGUGCAGGCCCAGCUGUGAGGAAGUGCAGAGUAAAGACGUUUGGGAUAUGUAGGCUUCCCUGGAUUCUAGAUAGGCUCUGCUGUUAAGGGAGUUUUAGAACCAGUAAGUAAUGUAGUGAAAGGCUGCAAAGUCAAUAUUGAUUUUAAUCCAAAAUAGCCUCUUUCAUGUCUAGAAAGGCACAAAAUUAUCCAGACUAAAGGAAGAGGGUAGUUAUAUUACACUUUUGCUUCUUUUUAAUUGUCUAGUAUUUUAAUCAUACUUGUUUAAUCGACAUUAAUGUACACAGUUAAAAUAAAUAUUAAA